AUGGUGCUUAUUCAGGGCAGUAGCAUGCCAGCCCAGGGAACAGAGGAAGGCCCGUUCCCAGUCGAUGUGUCUAUCGCUACCGAGCCGAAUAACAUCGAAGCAGUUCCCACGCUGCUGAAGGAGAUUACAAACGGUUUUGAUGUCUUCGCUGCUAGUAAUGAAGGCCGGGAAGACUUGGUCAUCAAAUGCCGCGCCUUGGUCCAAGCUCUGGAGACUCCCCGAGAGACCAUGAUCCAUCAUUGUUGGGCACAGACUGGUGCAAUAGCUGGCCUCAACUUCGGUGUGGACUCAGGAUUGUGGAUACUAAUGGCACAGAACGGCGACAAGCCACAGAAAGUCGACGAUUUGGCGGCAAAUCUUGGGAUUGAUAACGUGCUUCUGAGUCGUCUAAUGCGACACCUCAGUGCUAUGGGGUAUCUCAUCGAGAUUGGGGAGGACGAGUACAGGUUGACGAAUUACACGAAGGCGAUGAGCAUCCCCGUUAUUGGGAACAGUUACCUUGCCAUGCUAUCUUGCACAAGUGCUGGCCCCAUGAGAUUCCACGAGUUCUCCCGAAAGCGAGGGUGGGUGAAUCCCACGGAUGCCAAAGAUACGGCAAUGAUGUAUGCCUACGGAACAAAUUUGGAUACGUUUGCGUGGCAGCAAUUUCUGGGCUAUGGUACACACUUUAAUGACCACAUGGGCAGCUACGACCUUGGUUGCUUGCCGUGGAUGGACCCUGGUUUCUACCCGGUGAAAGAGAGGCUGAUCGACGGUGCCGAUACCGAUCCAGAAGCUCCGUUUCUCGUCGAUAUUGGCGGCAAUGUGGGCCAUGAUCUGGCGCGAUUUCACAGCUACUACCCUAAAGUCCCAGGGAAGUUGAUCCUUCAGGAUUUGCCUGUGGUAAUAGGCCAAAUUCGGGACCUAGCUCCGGCUAUUAUCCGUAUGGAGUACGACUUUCAUACGGAACAACCCGUAAAAGGCGCCCGAGCCUAUUAUAUGCGCAAUUGCUUGCACGAUUGGCCAGACGAUGUGUGCGAUAGCAUCCUGGCACGAGUCAAAGCGGCCAUGAAGCGCGGAUAUAGCAGGUUAUUAAUUCAUGAGCACGUGAUACCAGAGACAGGUGCCUACUGGGAAGCCACAGCACUCGAUAUGGUCAUGUUGACGCUCCUAUCUGCUCAGGAACGCACCCGCGCUGCUUGGUACAACCUCAUUGAAACAAGGGCAGGUCUUAAUAUCGUUAAGAUCUGGAGCGGUGGGAAAGGUUCCCAGAGUCUAAUUGAAUGUGAGCUGCCCAAUGAUGGAAUGGAUUGA